CUCCCCUACUUUCUUCUUUCUCUUUCCGGUUGUAAAACUAUUGUUUUCUAAACCAUUGGUAUAUUGCAGGAACAAGCCGAUGUGUAUACGUAUACUAAAAGUAGCACGCGGAUAUAAACGAAUGAACGUUAUUGUUAUGUGAAACGUUAGACCGUUCUCGUAGUUGUAAAAUUGCAUUUAGAGAUAAAUACCGUAUAUUUUUCACGAUGUCGUACCAAUUAUACAGGAAUACGACACUAGGAAAUACACUGCAAGAAACUUUGGAAGAAUUAAUGCAUUAUGGACAAAUAACACCACAGCUCGCGGUAAAAGUAUUAUUGCAAUUUGAUAAAGUUAUUAAUCAGGCUCUUGCAACAAGAGUUAAAUCGAGACUUACAUUUAAGGCUGGUAAAUUAAAUACAUAUAGAUUUUGUGAUAAUGUAUGGACAUUUAUGUUAAAUGAUGUUGAAUUUCGUGAAGUCCAAGAAGUUGCGAUGGUAGACAAAGUAAAAAUUGUUGCUUGUGAUGGCAAAUCACUUGAUGUUGAUGGAGCAACAAAACGAUAACAAAUCUAACUUGGAAUAAGAUUUUUAUUAUAUUAUGAAUGGAUCUUGAACAGGAUAAUGGGGAAUUUUCAUAAUAAAUAGUAAUGUUAACAAAAUACAAUAC